AUGUUGGCUGCAGAUAAGGUGAAAACGGCUAUAGUGCAGAAAGAAGACGUGCUUGCUUCGGGUGAACCAUCACCAGGAGCAGUAUCUCUUAUACAAAAUGAGCUGAUUGAUCAAGUCAAACUUCUCAUUAUCACACAUCCUUAUUUGGACGAUAUGCUCCAACAUAUCAGAAAUACAAACAUCCCUUGGGAGGAAUAUAAAGACUGUGGCUUGAUUUCUGUAAAUGACUUAGCCAUGAUAAGACACGUCGAAAACAAAACGGUAGAUGAAUUAGGACCUAUAAUGUCAGAACACGGGCUAUAUUAUGCAGCUCUUUACCUUGAACUCAUGCAGAAAGUUGCUAGAGUAGAUGUAUUACAAAAAAUCCUGGUUUUGAUUCAUGAUAUGUUAGAAGAAAAUGAAGAGAGAAUCUUACUCUUUCACAAGGCAGGAGAAAACGUGACAGGUUUCCCCCUGGAGCCUUUUCACAAAGCCUUGACAAUCGGAGAUGAAUUCAUUGGCAUCCAAGCAAGCAAAAUAUUAACUCUACUGAUCAGUACAACACAUCACAGAGAUAUUGAUAUCAAUGAUAUAUUCAGAUGGAUGACAUUUCAACUACAAAAUCCUCGCCAGCAUGUGAUUGAUUUGAACGUUCAAAUAUUGAAUGCUUUGUUUCAUAUCCCUGAAUACAGACGUGCUUUUUGGAACACUACACACGCCAUAGAUUCUCUUGUCAGUAAUCUUAAAAGGGCGCAGGAAAGACAUCUUGGGCCUCAGGAGAUAUACGAGCUGAGCUUUACCAUUUGGCUUCUGACAUUUGAUCAGGAAAUUGCAAAGCAAUUGGAUAGAAAAUGCUGCAUCAUACCAACGUUAGUAGAGUUGGCCAAGACAACAGUGAAGGAAAAAGUUGUUCGUGUGAUUAUUGCAACUUUUAGAAACAUGAUUGAAAAAGCUCCUAAUGAGAAUUUGCCAGCAAUGUUGGUGGCAAAGUUAUUGCCUCUUUGUGAGCAUUUGAAGACACGAAAAUGGACAGAUCCAGAAAUUACUGCCGAUAUUGUCUUUGUAGAUGACGCAUUGAAAGAGACGUCUCAAAGCUUAACAACGUUUGAAGUUUUUGCGUCUGAAGUCGAGAGAGGUAUGUUACAAUGGAGUCCCUCACAUUUGUCGGAAACUUUUUGGAAAGAAAACGCUCAACGACUGAAUGAAAACGACCAACGACUGUUAAAACAAUUGACAAGGUUAUUGAUUUUGUCUGAAAGUGCUGCUGUUUUAGCUAUAGCAUGUCAUGAUUUAGGACAGUACAUCAAGUAUAGUGGACCAGACGGAAGGAGAUAUAUUGAAGGCUUAGGAGCAAAGCAAAGGAUAAUGGAGUUAAUGACACACAGUGAUCCUUUAGUAAAAUAUCAUGCAUUAUCUGCGACUCAGAAAUAUUUUUCUAUGGUUUAA